AUGGGCAACUGUGUGAAGUCUCCACUGAGAAACCUCUCAAGAAAGAUCCACCAGGAGGAGAAGACCUUCUACACAGCCGUUCAGACGAGUGAGGAAGGGCUGGUGGCCUCCGAGUUCCCUGGGCCUCUAAUGAUGCUGGCCCAGAACUGUGCGGUCAUGCACAACCUGCUGGGCCCUGCUUGUAUCUUCCUUCGCAAGGGUUUCGCCGAAAACAGGCAGCCUGACAGAGAGCUUCGACCAGAGGAGAUUGAAGAACUAAGAGAAGCCUUCAAAGAAUUUGACAAAGACAAGGAUGGCUACAUCAACUGUAGAGACCUGGGCAACUGCAUGAGAACAAUGGGCUACAUGCCUACAGAGAUGGAACUGAUUGAACUCUCUCAGCAAAUCAAUAUGAACUUGGGAGGCCAUGUGGAUUUUGAUGACUUUGUAGAAUUGAUGGGGCCAAAACUUCUGGCAGAAACAGCAGAUAUGAUUGGGGUAAAGGAACUGCGAGAUGCCUUCCGAGAGUUUGACACAAAUGGUGAUGGGGAAAUCAGUACCAAUGAACUUCGCGAGGCCAUGAGGAAGCUACUGGGCCACCAAGUGGGUCAUCGAGACAUCGAGGAAAUCAUCCGGGAUGUGGAUCUUAAUGGAGAUGGGCGUGUAGAUUUCGAAGAAUUUGUGCGGAUGAUGUCCCGCUGAGGGUCAAGGGACCCGCAAGGACUGAUGAGAUCACAGAGAGAGAAAGAAGAGGACGCUAAGAGCACCUCACCCUACCGUUCCUAUGUUCAGGACGUCCAGACUGAGCCUGUCCAAGCUCAUGAGAGGUGCCCCAUCCCGGAGCCCCCCACCCUUCUGCACUGUGAAAGACUCACAAUCUCCUGCAACUGGAAGUGGCAGUGCCCAUGGAUGAGGUGGCAGUGCCAAGCCAGGUGGAAGCCACGCAGGGCCCCAGGUGCCACUCAACGGUCGUUGCUAUUGGUGGUUGGGCAGGGGGCGUCCUGCCAGCAGAUCCCCCCCACGUGGCAUGUCUGAUCCUGGGCCUAAGCCUCCCACAUCCUCUCCCCAUCCUCCUCGCCCUCCUUAGCUCCCCAUGGCCCUAUUACCAAUAAAUAUUUCAGAGACAA